GGCAACAGGCUUAGUUUUAUAAUCAAAAUAGUGUAGGCGGUCUGUUAUGAUUUCCAUGUGAAUGUCAAUAAUGUUUUCACGCCAUCUGACAGAACGUCUUUUCUCCAAGAGCACUUCUGGUCACCUUCUCAUUCUUCUCUAAUACUCUGGAGUUCAAAUGUGUGGGAAGAGCCGGUUUCCCCAUCAAGAGUUUGCUCUAACAAAGGAAUGCAAUUAGAAACUAAAAAUGUUUUGUGCCGAUCCUGAGAUUAGUAUUAACGGGACAAUUCGGUACUUUUCAACCCGUAAAGAAUGUUAUGUGGAUACUAUCAGUAUGGUACUAAACAUCUUACUGGUGUUUAUGACCGUCGUAGUGACUUUAAGGUACAAAUGCACAAAAAUACAAAGCAAACAAGGAGAAUUGGUCCGAUACCAUGAACAUACCACAAGAUGGAUUUUGACACUUCUCCUUUUGUGUUUAAAUUUUAUAGAAUGUGGUGAAGGGAUACUCGUUAAUCAAUUCAAUGAAUUCACGAAAUUUCAUGUUGUCAUGGCACCAUUCACAUCAUUACUGUCAACUAUCUCUGCAAUUUUCUUUUAUUAUUAUGUAGAACGUUUGAAUCGUCCUAAACUCUUGAUGAUUCUCUUCUUGUUCUGGCCCAUAGCUGGUAUCUUGAAGCUUGCCAAACUUGUCACACUCUAUGGAAUGGGUCUGAAUAUCUUUCAUUUGAGGAUUGAAGUCACAUGGGCUUUUACUGUGUUUUAUUCUGUAUUAACUGCUAUUGAUGCUACUUUGUUAAUUGUACAGAAAUAUUUGUGUCAUAAACCUUAUCAUGAAGAGCCAGAAUACAAAUUUGAUGUUUCUAACAUUCAGUAUUUACAUCCUUACGUCAAUUUAUUCGCCAAGGCAACAUUUUCAUGGCUUGUUCCUCUAUUGAAAUUGGGUUAUCAUCGUCCAUUAGAGCUUGCAGAUUUAGAAGGACUUCCAGAAGAAGAAAAAGCUGAAUACCAAUUUAGAAGAUUUAAUGAAAUAUAUCUUAAGGAAAAGCAAAUUGCCGAAAAACUUGGAAGAGAUAUAUCCCUCUGGAAAUGUUAUUGGUUGACAUUCUGGAAAACUUUAUUUUUUGGAGGGCUUAUGAAAGUGACUGGUGAUGUAGUGAUUUUAAUUGGCCCUUUAUCAAUAAAUAUCAUCUUGGCUUAUGUUGCAUCAGUUCGCACUGGCACUCUACCUCAUGGUACUCUAGAACAACCAUAUUAUCCUACUGCUUGGGAAUUCAUUCAAAAUGGUUUUGUUAUGGCUGUAAUUGUUCUUAUUGCCACUUUCCUGCAAAGCACAUUAUCAAAUAAUUUUAACCACUUGGCAAUAGCAGAAGGAACACACUUAAGGACAGCUUUGCAGUGUCUUGUUUAUAAAAAAGCAUUAAAGACAAAUUCUGCUACAGGCUUAGAUACUGGAGCUCUAGUCAAUCAUAUGUCUGUUGAUGCUUUUAAUAUGUUGAUGCUCUUUUCCAUGGGCCAUUAUAUUUGGGCUGUACCUUUAAAGGUUGUUCUUCUUUUGGUUCUUCUCUACCUCCAACUUGGUUACAGUGCAUUGAUUGGUGCUGCUACUGUAAUUUUUUUAGUUCCCAUACAGUAUUAUAUCUGUACAUUAUUAUCUCGGAUUCAAAGUAAAGCUUUGGAUGUUUCUGAUGAGAGAUUGAAAAAGACUACUGAACUACUUCAAGGAAUCAAGCUGCUAAAAUUAUAUGGCUGGGAAACAGUUUAUGCUCAUUUGGUGCAAAAAAUUCGAAAUAAAGAACUCAAAAUUUUAAGAAGUGAUGCAGUUUGUGUGGCAUUUAAUACUUUCAUCACUCAAACAUCAUCAAUAAUUGUGACACUAGUGACAUUCUCAUUAUAUUCGAAAAUUGAGGGAAGACCACUCAUGCCUGCUGAUGUUUUCACAGGUCUAGCACUAUUCAAUCAACUUACUGUGCCACUCUACAUAAUACCUUUUGUCAUCCCAAUGGUUAUCAAUGCUGUGGUGAGUACAAGACGUAUUCUACAAUUUCUAGUUCUUCCUGAGGUUGAUUUAACACUUCCAUGGAGAGAUCACUCAGAAGAACCAGAUGCAAAAGUUGAAUUUGUCCCAGAUAGUGGAAGUGUUCUGUUGCAAGUGAAAGAGAAUUCAUUUGAAAGUAAAGGAUACCUGUCAGGAUCAGAAGAAGGCGAUGGAGUGUUCCUCCCUGAAUUCUAUAAUUAUCCCCCUCUUGAAGAGAAUACUCUUCUUUCAAUUAAAAAAGGAUAUUUUACUCAUGAUUUGAUACAUUACACUGUUCCAACUUUGAGAGAUAUCAACGUACAGAUUCCUGCUGGUAGGUUAACUAUUGUUGUUGGACCCAUAGGCAGUGGAAAAUCAUCCCUUUUAUCUGCAGUUAUUGGGGAACUUCACCAGAUAAGUGGAUCAGUUAACUGGAACAGCUCACCUCUCAUUGCUUAUGUUCCACAAAAACCAUGGCUUGUUAAUGCAACACUUAAAGAAAAUAUUUUGUUUGGUCAGCCAUAUGAUGGGCGAAGGUACCACCAAGUGAUCCAAGCUUGUGCUUUGCAACCUGACAUAGAUUUAUUGCCUGCUAGAGACAUGACUGAAAUCGGUGAAAGGGGCCUGAAUCUCAGUGGGGGUCAAAAACAAAGAAUUGCUCUUGCCAGAGCUUUUUAUUCUCCUGCACGACUUGUUUUGCUAGAUGAUCCAUUGUCUGCUUUGGAUGCCCAUGUUGGAGCUUAUGUGUUUGAGCACGGUGUGAAAACUCUUCUUCUAAGGAGGCAAAGAACUGUUGUUCUGGUUACUCAUAAGCUGGAAUUCCUGCAAUCUUCUUCAAAAGUACUGUUGAUGGAAUCCUGCACAAUAAAGAAACAAGGUACCCCCAAGGAAAUGGAAAGCCUUUUGCAGGAUGUCAAUUUUAAUAUGAAGAAACCCAAAAAAGCAUAUAUGAGUGAUAAUACUCAAGCUGAAGGUACAUCAAAGGAAAGACAUAAGCUUGUUCGUCUAAUAUCCAGGCAACAACUCUACAGAACAGUGUCUACUCAGGAUAUUAAGCCAAGAGCCAGAAUGGUUUCACUUAGCCGGCAGAUGUCUCACGAUCCUUCCAGUCCCUUGCCUUGCCACGAUUGGGGAGACCAUGAUGAUCCUCUUCCUUCCAUUGCUGAUCCAGAUGAUCCUGAUACUGGUCACAAGCUCCUGAAUCGCAUGAAGUCUGUCGAGAGUUUGAGGUCUAGGUCGAGUGCGAGCUCUGCAAGUGUAGUUAGAAGGUCGUGGAAGUGCCCUCCAUCGAGGUUGAAUUCCAGGAUAUCAACUAGAACUGAUGAUCUCAUUGAAGAGGAAGAUGAAGAAGAAGAAGAGGAAGAUAAUACUGAAGUGGAUAAAAUUACCAAUGUUAACUCUUUGGAGCAAGUGCAGCUACCCGAUGGAAAACUCAUUAAAGAGGAAGAAAGAGAGAGGGGCAAAAUUUCGAAGAAAGUUUAUCUUAUGUAUAUGAAUGCAUGUACUCUCCCUUUGGCAUUGUUUGUGAUAUUUCUCAGUAUAGCUACCCAAGCCAUGAAAAUAGGCACUGAUUUUUGGCUGUCUGCUUGGUCUGAGUCUUCUACUUACAAAGAGGAUGAAAUAGAUCUAGAGGAAGCAGAAAACAUGGGAGACUCUCAGGCUGAUUCUCUUCAAUACUAUAUUAAUAUCUAUGCGAUUUUAUCUGGCGUCAGUAUAGCCAUUGCCUUUAUUACAAAUUUGGCAGCACAGCUCACUUCAUUGAAAGCUGUCAAAGUUUUGCAUGACAGAAUGUUGUCCAAUAUUAUUCGAAGUCCUAUGAAGUUCUUUGAUUCAACUCCUGUUGGGCGAGUGGUCAACAGAUUUUCAGCUGACAUCAGUACGAUUGACAAGAAACUUCCUGUUACUCUUCCCAUCCUUUUGCGAUUUAUUUUACUGUGCUUGUCAGCCAUUAUUGUUGACAUGAUUGUGACGCCUUAUUUCAUUAUUGUUGUUAUACCUGUUGCUGCUAUUUAUUAUUCUUUACAGCAUUUUUUCCGUUGCACGUCUAGAGAACUUCAAAGACUGGAUUGCAUUACUCGGUCACCAGUUUAUUCACAUUUUUCAGAAACUGUUGCUGGAUUGUCCACUAUCAGAGCUUUCAGAGCAGAGAAUCGAUUCACAGACAUGAUAAUGACUUGCAUUGAUGUAAAUAAUACUGCAUUCAUCUUAGUUAACUGUUCAAAUUGUUGGUUAGGUGUUUCUCUUGAUUAUCUUGGUGGUAUUAUACUUUUCAUUGCUACCUUGGCAUCCAUGUUAACUUCUAUUUAUGGAGAAGUUUCAGAAGCUUUUGUAGGAAUGGCUAUGACUUACACUUUAUUAGUACCAGUAUACUUAAAUUGGGUAGUUAGAAAUUUAGCUAGUGCUGAAAUGUAUAUGAGCGCUGUUGAAAGAGUAAGAAACUAUUCAAGACUGCCUACUGAGGAUAACUCUACAAAAGAUUUGACUGGUUUGCCAGACAAAUGGCCUGAAUUUGGUGCUAUAACAUUUCAAAAUGUUGUAAUGAAAUAUGAUUCAAAUAGUGAUCCUGUUUUGAAAAAUGUGUCGCUGACAAUCAAAGCUGGUGAAAAGGUUGGAAUCUGUGGUAGAACUGGUAGUGGUAAAUCAUCUCUUAUAAUGGCAUUGUUUCGCAUGGUGAACAUUAUAAGUGGUAGAAUUGAAAUUGAUGGUGUUGAUAUAAUGGAUAUCCCUCUUGAAGUUUUAAGAUCCAGGCUGUCAAUUAUUCCUCAAGAGGCUGUUAUAUUUUCUGGAACAGUUCGGGAAAAUUUAGAUCCAGCAAAUGAGUUUUCUGAUGAAGAACUAUGGAAUGCUUUAGAAGCUGCUCAGUUAAAAGCGAUAGUUAAUCUCUUACCUGGUGGUUUAGAUGCUCAAAUUUCUGGCGAAGGUUCAAAUCUGAGUGCUGGGCAACAUCAGCUUUUCUGCCUUGCAAGAGCUUUGAUAAGGAACUCUAAAAUACUUGUGAUGGAUGAAGCUACUUCCUCUCUCGAUCCAGAGACUGACCAAAUAUUACAAAAUGUUGUAGCUGAAAAUUAUCAAAGUAGCACUGUUCUUUCAAUUGUCCAUCGUGUUCAAAGUAUUCUGAACUUUGAUAAAGUAAUUGUGUUAGAUGGUGGUCGCGUCGCAGAAGUGGGCCACCCAAAAGACUUGCAAGAAGUGAAAGGAAGUAUCUUUGCAUCGCUUUUGAAAGCAAGUCAUCAGCAUCAUUGAAUCUUCCAUGCAUUCAUAAUUUCAUAACUACUGGUGCUUCUUAAACUUUAGGUUCUUGUUCAUUAGCUCUAAUAAUUUUCCUUUUGUAGUCUUUUAUAACCGUUGAUAAUUAUGUUGUUAUGUGUUGAUAGUUGAUUUAGAAUUUUAUGUUCUAGUGAAGAAAAAAAAUUUUCAGAUGAAUAAUGGUGUAUGCAAAUGUAAAGCAAGGCAUGGUUAAAAAUAGUUUACUUUCUUUAAUAAUCAGGGCAAAUGAGUAAAGGGGUCUGUCAGCCUUUUUAGUGUGGGGAAGGUUGUUUAUUAUUGCCAAUUUUCUAUUUACAUUAUUUUCCAUAUGAAUAAAAAAGAAACAUGUUAAUAUUUCUCGAUGUUUAAAUCUCCAUUUUAGAUCUUCAAUUUCUUUUAAAAAUGUAAAUUAACAUUUUAAUUAAUGUGGGAACUCUGCCAUAUUGCUUUUUUUUCGAUCUUUAACGUUUCUAUGUAAUUAUACAAAAAAUAGCAGUGCAAUAUGGAGUUAUUAUUUAAAUUUUGUACAGCAUUCAUCUGUUGCCAACCUUAUUUUCAACCUCACUGUGAUUCUGGGAUGUGUUGGAAAAAAUUCAUGUCCUGGGAAGCUCAAAUAGCAUAACACUUUGCAAAAUAUCUCUAUUUCUAUUUUUUCCUCAUAAUCAAUAAAGUGGCUUGUAUUUGCGGCAGUUAUACAAGCAGUUUGUUUAUACUACCUUUUCAUGUGCAACAAAAAUACUGUCUUUUAUUUUCUCUUUUGGAUUUAAAUUUUAAGUAAAACCAACAAGGGGAAGAAUUGUGUUAUUUUUAGCAAAUUUUAAAGAUUGCUUUUUCCAAAUAACAUUUUGCUCUUUAUAUUCAUACAUGCCUUUCUUUACUUUUGACAUUCCGGUUAAAAAUUAGUGAUGUACUAUUUUGUUUGUUUUAAGAAAGCAAGAAUGUCAGACGAGAAAAUAAAUGUUUUUAACUCAAAGUAAAUCAUUGAAUAUAUUCUACAUGUUAUAUUUUGCUGAAAACUCAUAAGUUUUAAUUAUAGUAUAUUGUUUCUGUAUUCUCACAAAAUUUAUUUGAAGAAGGUUCCCCUAAUUUUUGACAUUUCAAUUUUCCUACGUAUCCCUCGAGUGUCAGAUAAUAGGGAUUCUACUAUGUUAAUAUAAUCAUAUAUUUAAGCAGUAAUACAUAUGAAUUGAUAAUAAUAUAUUAAUAUUUUGUGACAAAAAAUUUUGAAUUUCAGUUUUUAACCUUUUAACUGAUUUGCUACUUGGACAAGUUUAUACAAAAGUUUCUGUACCCAACACAUAUGGAAUUAACGUGUGGGAAAGAAAUAUUUUUCACUGCAACCAACUGGGGUACCCGGAACUAUGUUUGGGGUUGACAGCUUUAAAACAAUAGAUGAGAAACCUUGAAUCUUUUCUUAGUUAAUUUUAUUGAGAAAAGCAUUU